UGCUCAUCGAGUCUGCACUGCUAUACGCGGCGUUCGCGCUCGCAUUCCUCGUCACGUAUGCGCUGAGCAAUAGGAUAAGUUUCAUGCUUAUAUCAAUCUUGGGCCAGGCGCAGGUGAGCUUGACAGACACUUUGGUGCUUUCACCGCGAUAAAACUUACAUAUGCUAGUCUAUUGCGCCGCUGCUCAUCGUCUUACGCGUCGCGCAAGGACGUGGCUGGACACUCGCGAAGGUCAGGGAGACGGAGCGGCUUGCAAUGGGCACCCACGGCACACAGACUCUUCAAUUCCAUCGGACCACGCACAGUACGGUCGACGAAUCUGGUACCACUCCCGGUGCUACCGAGAACGUUGGUGAGAUGGAAUUCGCAGGGAGAAGCGUAGCCACUCUGCCCAAGAAAGCUUCGACAAGUCAGCUGGAGCGCGUUGCCGACAUUGUCGCUGGUUGCGGCCCGAACGAGGGGAAUGUGAACAAUGUCUAAUGCAGUGACGGGUUCUGGCUAUCAACUAUGCAGGCCUUGUCAUGUGGCUUGUUUUCUUCCGUGCGCUACUUGCUCUCUAUUUAUGCACAUUACACUAUUAUUUCUGUACCCUCAGUGUUGUCUCCUAAGCAAAUAAUGCAUGUCUAGUCGUCCUUUCUGCGACCUACGUACGUUCUCACCAUCUACAUCGAAUAAGAUGGAGCACGCGUGCCUGUGUGCACAAGCUCCAACCUGAAAGCGAACGAUACAACGCGCAUGUGCGGAAUGAAUCACGGCACCGCCGCGUACACCUGCAUCGGCGCGCACCGCUCAGGGUGUUUGUGACCUGGCAUCGUGACGGCUAAUAGGAUAAAGAAGAUGGUCCGCAGAACUGGUUUCCAACGCUUUCAUGCGGGAAAUUUCAGGGAGCUCUGAUAAUCCCAUGGCUCCUGCGGCUUCUGACAAUGCCACCGCAGAGCACGUUAGACCAGUAGUUUCCCCGG